AUGAAGAGCCUCUUGCUGCUGACCACACUCCUGGUACCUGUGCACCUGGCUAUGGCCUGGAGCGCCAAGUAUGCGGUGGAUUGCCCAGAACAGUGUGACAACAGUGAGUGCAGAAGCAGCCUGCGUUGCAAGAGAACAGUGCUGGAUGACUGUGGCUGCUGUCAGGUGUGUGCUGCGGGACCCGGAGAAACCUGCUACCGUACAGUCUCAGGCAUGGAUGGCGUCAAGUGUGGCCCGGGGCUGAAGUGUCACUUUUACAGUGAAGAGGAUGAUUUUGGUGAUGAGUUUGGUAUCUGCAAAGACUGUCCCUAUGGCACUUUCGGGAUGGAAUGCAAAGAGACUUGCAACUGCCAGUCAGGCAUAUGUGACAGGGUGACCGGAAGAUGUCUGGAAUUUCCCUUCUUCCAGUAUGCAGCAGCCAAGUCGCCCAGCAGGACCGCUGCCUCUCACACAGAGCGAGACGUGGCAUCUGGAGAUGGCAAUGCUGUGAGAGAAGAGAUUGCUGAAGGGAAUGUGGCUCGGCCCUCUGUAAUGAAAUGGUUAAAUCCACGCUGA